AAAAAUUUAUUUACUAAUAUCUAAUAUAAAUUUCCCGUCUUUUAGUUUAAAGCCAUUCUCCCUCGUCCUAUCACUAUGGGACUGUUGGUCCUCGUCCCGUUUAUCAGCUCCCUUUAGGUAGCAGAAGACUGCAGUGAGGUCUCUCUGGAGGUUCUCUUCCCCAGGCUGCACACCCGCAGCUCUCAGCCUGUGCCCACUGCAGAUGUGCUCUGCUCUGACAUCCCCAUACCCUCCAGCAGCUCCAUAUCCCUGUGCUGGAUGCAGUGCUCUGGGUGGCACCUCACGAGGGCAGAGCAGAGGGGGACAAUCCCUCCUGCCCCGUGCCACCCCUCAGUUGAUGCAGCCCACGAUACUGUUAGCUUUCAGGGCUGCAAACACACAGUUCUGGCUCGUGUCCCACUUCUCAUCCACCAGGACCCCCAAGUCCUUCCCCACAGAAAAAUAGAUCCUGGGGACCUCUUCUCCCCGCCCAGUCCCGCUCUGCAGUGUCACUGACGCCCUGUUUGUGUUCAUCCGGGCCGGCGUGGCCAGGCCCCGCAAACCCACCCUACGCAGAACCCCCUAUCUGCCCCCCAGGCCUUGGGGGCUGCAGGCGGUCCCAGUCCCCCCCACCACCUCGGUUGCUUCACUGGUCAGGGGGGCAAAGUCCAACCGCCGUCAGCACAGGCCGGCCUGCCCGGUGCUGCGGGCAGACACACGCUCACAGCCCUCAGCGGAGGCGGCGGGGCCCGCGGCGAGGUCAGCGGGGAGCCAGGUGGAUGUGACAGCCAUGGCGCGGGUCUUCAGCUAUGUGGAUGUGACUGAUUCUGGCUUCAUUGCAGCCGUCCUCUCAAUCGCCUUCAACCCAUUCUUCUGGAAUGUGGUAGCAAGAUGGGAGCACAAAACACGGGCACUCAGCCGAGGCUUCGGCUCUCCACACACCGCCUGCUACUGCCUGGGCACUGUUAUCCUGCUGCUCAACUGCGUGCGCAGCCACUGCUUCACAGAAGCCAUGAAGAGCCAGCCGAAGCUGGAGGGCUUGGACAGCCACUGGGCCUAUUACUCAGGCUCAGCCAUCAUGGCUGUAGGGACCUUGUUUGUCAUCUCCAGCUUCUUAGCACUGGGAUUCACCGGGACCUUCCUAGGGGAUUACUUUGGCAUCCUGAUGGAGGCAAAAGUGACCUGCUUCCCCUUCAGCAUCCUGGAUAACCCCAUGUACUGGGGCAGCACGGCUGUCUACCUGGGCUGGUCCCUCAUGCAUGCAAGCCCAGCUGGCCUUUUGCUGACAGCUGUAGUGGCAAUUUCCUACACAAUUGCAGUGCUGUAUGAGGGACCUUUCACGGAGGAAAUCUACCGUCAGAAACAGAAGGGAGCAAAGAGCAAUUAGCGACAGUGCCUCAGACACCUCAGUGCAGUGUGCCCUGCUGUGCCUUGUGCUGUCCAAUUUGCCCAUUUUCCUACUGAGAUGUUUCCUAGUAAUUAGCCCAGCAACCCCUAAUGAGCCAACUGAGCACUCUGCAGUCUUGGAAGCCAUCAGAGGAACAGUGUGAGCACGGCACAGAAGCUGGAGAGCCCCAUUCAGCCCCCCGACCUGUCCUCCCACACUGACAGCUGAAGAUCUGCAGGCACGAAGCAACCCAGCUCCAGCACCAGCCUGGAGGGCAGAACAGCAAUGGAGGCACCAGGGGCCUUUUGGAUGCAAGGUCUGAGCAUGCAGCAGCAUGGCAGCAGGUGAUCCUCCAUGCCUACAGCUGCUAAGGAUGGGGUGCAUUGGACAGCCAUUCCUCAACGUUGGACACUUUGUGCUUUUUGGACAGCACACUGGACCUCGUUGCUCACUCUGCAGGCUGGACGUGGAGAGGAGGGCACAGCUCACUGAUCCUCUGUAGCAAACAGACACUGCCAAAGAGGCAUGGCUUGAUCAAAGUGGUGCCCCAUGCAGGUCUCAAACUGCAGGGGAAGGAAGAAGGGCAGCUGCUGCAAAUCUGACCAUACACCCGUCCAGAGCAGAGAGACCUCCUCGUCCACCCCAGUGCUUUCCCACCGCUGCAGAGCUCUGUAGCAUCUUUGUGCUAUUUGCAAAGUCUCCCAGACAGGGGACAGCAAGGCACAUAGAUGUGAAUGUCCCACCUAAACCACUGCCCAAGAGGACAGAGACAUGGCAGCUGAACCACGGCAAAGCCCCAGCAUGGAGAAACCAGGUUGGAAGUGGAAAAGACCAAUGGAAAGAUUCAGUCCCCAUCAGCAGAGUGAGCAGUCCCCUGGUGCCGGUGCCCCACUGCCCCAUGGCUCUCUGGGCCCCAGGGGCAAACCCCAUCCAGCCCCUCCAACCCCAUGCAUCUCCUCCUUUCCCCACGGCCACACGAGGCUCUGCCCACCAUCCCACCGCACAGUGCCUUGCCCCAACCAGCCGGGAUGAAACGCAGCCUGGGCUCAUCCCUGCUGUUGGAUCUGGCUCCAGAAAGAAGGUCCCAGGGCUGAUGCCACAGCCCCAUACUCAAUGUUUACAGAUUCCCAGAACGGUUUGAGAAGUAAGCUAUAAAUGACCAAAAAAAAAAAAAAGCCACCAAAAUCUAAAGGGAAGGGAUCAGCGAUGCUCCCGGCUCCCGCGGGGACACGGGCUGAGUCUGGUCCUGUAGUGACGCCGUGCUUCGUCCCAGCAUCACAACAUCCCCUCUGGAGAAGGUCCUCUCUUCUCCCAGCACGUCAGUCCCAUUCCCUCCUGCUCGUGCCCGGCUGUAACUCACCCUUCCAGCAUUGCUCAACGGGAAUUAAAAGUGUCGGUUUCUUUCUC